GCACCCGGCCAUGCUGGCGCCCAACUUCCCCCCGCCGGGGUACAGCCAGUACGGGAACUACCUGCCCUACAUGCACCAGCAGUGGCCGCCCAUGUACCCGCCCCCCAGCAUAGCCCUGCCCCCCCACAGUCCCGAGGACUUCCCCCCCGCUCAGCCCUACAAACACCCGUACAACAAGACCGCCGCCGCCGAGGCCGGCGCCAAAGGUUUGGGGAAGACGUCGGUUCACGACGGCGAGAAGGGAAAGACGAGCAGCGGCCAUGACAGGAGAGUUUCUGAGGAGCAGAACAACGAGAGCCAGAAGCAAAAGGUUCUGGAGGAGAGAGAGAAGCUGAAGCAGGAGAGAGACGUCCGCAUGAAGAAGAAGGAAUAUCUGAUGAAGGAGCUGGAGAGACUCCGCAAGCAGCAAGGUCAGUGCACGUGUGCCGUGCACGCACGCCGUCACCUAGCAACAUGGU